AUGGACAAAGAAAUCGAGGAGUUUGUGCGUCACUGUGAAAGAUGCCAAGUGAACCGUCAAAGCGAUCCAAAAGAACCAGUUCACUUCUGGGUUAAGCCUGAUCAACCUUGGAGCCGUUUGCACAUCGACUUUGCCGGACCAGUACAAGGCGAAGUUUUGCUCGUCGUGGUGGGCGCAUUCUCCAACUGGGCUGAAGUGAAGAUUAUGCCUUCCAUGAAAACUUCGGCAGUAAUCUCAGCUCUGCGUGCACUGUUUGCCACUCACGGAGUUCCAGAUGUUAUCGUUUCCGACAACGGAACCGCAUUCACGAGCGAGGAGAUGCAAGCGUUUCUCAAGCUUAACGGCAUCCGCUCAGUGUUUACAGCACCUUAUCACCCUUCUAGUAAUGGAAGGGCCGAAAGAAUGGUGAGGGAAGUAAAAGAAGCGUUGAAGAAACAGUCGGGAAACGACACCCAGUGCAAGAUAUCCCGUUUCUUAUAUAAACAACAUACCACCCCACAUUCAGAGUCUGGAAAGAGCCCGGUGGAGAUGAUGAUGGGAAGAAAAUUACGUUCAGCAUUAGACAAGCUGCACCUAGUCCGUCAGCACUCCACCUCUGACAUCACUGUGAAAGGAUUUGGUGUAGGAAAUUCGGUCUACGCCCGAUGCUUCGCUGCGGGACCGCGAUGGAAGUUGGCUGAAGUAAUCAAAGUGAAGGGUCCUGUCUCCUAUCUAGUUCGAAUGGCAAAUGGAGACGUGCACCAUAGGCAUCGCAACCAACUGAGGCGUGCAUGGCCGACGGAGAAGCCUUCAGAGUCACUACCUGACUACCACUUCCGGCUUCCUCCGGUACAAUCACCUGUCGACGUGGAGCCUAGCAUCACCAGCCCAAGUCCUCUCUACACGCCCGAGGGACCCGAGCUGAGAAGAUCUACACGAACUCGUAGACCAGUCGUUCGUUUUGGCUCCAGUGUUUAG